AUGGCAGCAGAAUCCAAGACCAAGCCCGCCACCAACGGCAUGACCAACGGCAAUGGCAAAGGGGCCUUCAAGGGCUCGAAGCUCUUGGAAGCAAUCCGUAACAUGGUCUCCUCCGCAAACAACAUGGAGAGGGAACUCGGCGGCCUUCCCGAUCUCGAGAAGCUCAUGGAGAGCGAAAAGAGGUUACGGUUGGAAGUCGAGGAGAAGAACGAAGAGAUCGACGCCGUCAAGAAGGACAGGGACGACGCUUUGGCUGCCAAGGACCAGGAGGUGGAGCUCACCAAGAAAGAGGCCGACGAGAAGGUCCGACUGAUCCAGGAAGAGGCAGACACCAAGGUCAGACUCAUCCAGGAAGAGACCGACACCAAAGUCAGCCAGCUCAAGGCCGAGCUCGACACCGAAAAGGAGGCCCGCCGUGUGCUCAUCGAAGGCUUCGAGGAGAGGGUCGGCGUCCACAACCAGACAAAGGCCGAGAGCACCGCCGUCAGCCAGAAGCUCGCAGAUGCACAGCAAGAUCUUCAGAACAAGGAGGAAGAGGCCGAAGCAGCGAGGCAGAGGGUCGCGGAGCUGCAGCAGCUGUCAGAAAAGUCGUCGACUCAGAUCGAGUCCCUGACGGACGAGAAGGAGAGGAUGGCGAGAGAGAAGACGCUCCUAGCGGCAGAUCUUCAGCAGCGGGAAGCGGAACUCACUGUCUUAGACGGCGAACUCCGCCAACUGCACAAGGACGUCGGGGUCAACCUCUUGCACGACUACGAGGAUCGGGAGCUUGCCAGAUUGCAAGUCAACCACCGUCACAACACCGUCUCCCUCCCCUACCAACUCGACUACCUCAAACGCGUGCCCAUCCCCAAGUCCGGCUCGACCCCAGACCUGCGCUGCCUCGUCGCCCAAGCCGUCAUCGCAAAGUUCCUCCGCUCGCACAUCUUCCAGCCCUUCUUCCUCCCGCAGGACAUCCACCACGCCGGCGCCGACGUCCUCGAGUAUCUCUCCGAGGACGUCCAGCGCGCCACCAUCUUCCGCUGCCAGAUCCUCGCCGCCUGCGACCGCAACGACUCCGCCAAGGCCGUCGCCGCCCAGGCGAAAGACGAGGUCUACCGCGAGCUGUGCGCCUUCGUCCCCGCGACCAAGUACCUGCCCCUCCAGCAGCGCCUCACGCGCUUCUUCGAGGCCGGCGUCAAGAUGUGGGCCGAGCUGCAGCGCUCCAAGCAGCUCGUCCUCUGCGAGGACCUCGAGGACGAGGACAUUGAGGAGAUUGACGAGGGCCAGCGGCCGCGGAUGUGGGACGAGUACGGCGCGCGGUCGAAGCUGGCGGCGGGCGGCCCCGGGGACGUGUGCGCGACGCUGUUCCCGCAGGUCGUCAUGGAGGAGAGCGAGGACACGAUCAAUGUGAUACACCCCGGUGUCGGGCUGUGGUCGGACCAGACGGUUGUGAUUGCGGCGUCGCAGGCGAUGGCGAAGGGGCAGCAGAACGGAAGGGUGAACGGCGACGCGAGGCCGGGCACCCAGAGGCGGAGGUCAAGUUCGAGUGCGCCGUCUGGGAGGUCGUGA